GCGCAGUCCCCGCAAAAGUUGCUCUUGCUGCAGCAGAACCAGCAGCAGCAGUAGUAGCCGCAGCAACAGCAGCAGCAGCAGCAGCAGCUAAAAAGCCAGUGCGAAUCUAGUGUAGUAGUCAGUGCGGCCUGAACGGUAAGCCGGCCUACAUUCCUUCCGCUAACUUUUUUUGACACUCGUACAGCAGCAGCAGCGACUGCUGCUCGUCUCGCGUGUCAUCCCUCCUCGUUCGUACACACACGAAUACACACACACACACUCACGCACAUGCAUAUAUUUAUGCGUAUACACAUGUGGAAGCGUAUGUAUAUUCAUACAAUAUAUAAUCUAAAAUAAAAAUUACUCUACCCAAUAGUGUGGUGCUAAAACGUCAACAAAAAAAUACAAAAAAGUGUUGAUACCGCAAAGAGACGAUCACACCUAAGUUUUGCUAUAAAAUAAUUCAAAUACGCACUGAGUCAUGCGUGCACGCGUUUGAAUCGCGAUCAAUUUGUUCGUCGAAUUUUUGGUGCGACGAGAGUAAGUGUUGAAAGAAAAAAAAAAGAAUAAUUAGCUGAUACAACUGUAGCUUCGUUGCGUCGUUGCGUCUUCGUUGCAGCGACUGCAACGAAAAGCAACAGCAGCAGCAGCAGCAGCAGCAGCAGCAGCAACAGAAAAGGAGAAGAAAAAAUUGCGAUCGAUUGGUCCUUUUUGGAUUCGAUUAGAGCAGCAACAGCAGCCGUAGCAGCAUCACAGCAGCAUCGGCACACACGGGCACACACACACACACACACACAUACGCCAUUGCAUCGAGAGGAUGUUACUGAGCUGAUAGAGCUCGCUUUGUAUUGGCCUGCGCUAUCGCCGUAGUCGUCGUCUUUUUGCUGCAUCUUGCUCUCUGCUCUGGGGAGGAAAAGAAAAAAAAGUACAAGGAAAGAGAAGACGACGUAUCACGCACACAUACGUACACGCGAGCGCACGUACGCACACACCUGCUCGAGAGCCGCUAGUCGCAGAUCUGUAUACGGACAUAUCAAUUACCUAAUGACUUUGGUUCGGUCACGAUCCUGUUGAGUGGCACAUAUAGGCCGGGUGCGCUUGACAACGUGCGGCGCAGUCGAAGCAGUUUCUCUCCGGUGCAAGAGUCAUUAGUUCGCGGCUAGGAAGACUGUCAGCAGGCUGCGCGGUAAGAAUGUCGAGGCAUCGCCAGGGCAUCGAGCAGCAGCAGCAGCGGCGACAUCAUCCAACUUCACAAGCUGCACGAUGCAGCAGCACAGAACAUCGGCUCUGGCGACGCUGGUCCACCGCUCAGGCGCUCUGGCUCCUUCUGCUCGCCCUCGCGGGCGGCGCCCUCGGCUCGCCCUCGCAUCGAGGUAGACACCACGCGGCGACGGACUUCGACUUGCAGCAGCUGCAGCACCCGUUGCUGCCGGAGCCGGCCCUGCUGGUCAGCGGUAGCGGCAGUGGCAGCGGUGACGGGGCGGCGGCGGCGGCGGCGGCAGCCGAGGGGCCCGUUGCUCCACCGGCUGCCGCGGCCGGAGCCGUCCCGGCCACGUCGACGACCGAUCCGGGCCCGUCGCCCGCGGCCGAGCAGCUGCCCAGACCCGAGCACCUCGACAACGAGCCGCUCAUCGUCCAGACGAAGAAGGGACGCGUCAAGGGCAAGACCCUCAUCGCCAAAACGGGCAAGCAGGUCGACUCCUGGUUCGGUAUACCCUACGCACAGAAGCCAAUCGGUGACUUGAGGUUUAGACAUCCCAGGCCGCCGGACGCGUGGGAGGGCGUGCUGAACGCCACCAGUCCACCCAACAGCUGCGUACAAAUUCUCGACACGGUUUUCGGCGAUUUCGCCGGCGCCAUGAUGUGGAAUCCCAACACGCCUCUGAGCGAGGACUGCCUCUACGUGAACGUCGUCGUGCCGAGACCGAGGCCGACUAAUGCCGCUGUCAUGGUAUGGAUAUUCGGCGGUGGAUUCUAUUCGGGCACGGCGACGCUGGACGUGUACGAUCAUCGCACGCUGGUGAGCGAGGAGAACGUGAUCCUCGUGUCGAUGCAGUAUCGCGUGGCGAGCCUUGGCUUCCUGUACUUCGGCACGUCGGACGUGCCGGGCAACGCCGGCCUCUUCGACCAGCUGAUGGCGCUGCAGUGGGUGCGCGACAACAUCGCCGCGUUCGGCGGCAAUCCCGACAACGUCACGCUCUUCGGCGAAAGCGCCGGUGCCGUGUCCGUAUCCAUGCAUCUGCUCUCGCCACUGUCGAGGCCACUGUUCCAUCAAGCGAUAAUGCAGUCGGGCUCGGCGACGGCCCCCUGGGCCGUGAUAUCGCGCGAGGAGUCGAUAAUGCGCGGUCUGCGGCUCGCCGAGGCCGUGGGCUGUCCGCACGACAAGCGCCAGCUGCGCGAGGUCAUCAAUUGUCUCAUCACCAAGGACCCGGUCGAGCUCGUCAACAGCGAGUGGGGCACCCUCGGCAUCUGCGAGUUCCCCUUCGUGCCGGUCAUCGACGGCUCGUUCCUCGACGAGACGCCGGCGCGCUCCAUGUCCAGCGAGUCCUUCAAGAAGGCCAACAUACUCAUGGGCUCCAACACCGAGGAGGGCUUCUACUUCAUCAUCUACUAUCUCACCGAGCUGUUCAGGAUCGACGGCAAGGAGGACGUCAAGGUGUCGAGGGACGAGUUCGUGCGGGCGGUGAGCGAGCUCAAUCCCUACGUGAAUCAGAUCGGCCGCUACGCCAUCAUCUACGAGUACACGGACUGGCUCAAGCCCGACGAUCCCGACGCCAACAGGAACGCCCUCGAUAAGAUCGUGGGCGACUAUCACUUCACGUGUAACGUCAAUGAGUUCGCCACGAGGUACGCCGAGACUGGAAACAAAGUUUACAUGUACUACUACACGCAUAGGUCUGUGAAUAAUCCAUGGCCAAGGUGGACCGGGGUCAUGCACGCCGACGAAAUCAGCUAUAUCUUCGGCGAGCCCCUGGAUACGGCAAAAGGCUACACGCACGAGGAGAUCACAUUAUCCAAGAGGAUGAUGAGAUACUGGGCAAACUUUGCCAAAACUGGUGAUCCGAAUCUGGGCGACGAUGGCUCAUCCUGGACGGAGACGACUUGGCCGGUGCACACGGCCGAGAAGAAGGAGUAUCUGCAGCUCGACACGAACACGACGCAGAUUGGCUACGGGCCACGAUCGAAGCAGUGCGCCUUCUGGAAGAAAUAUCUGCCCCAGCUGCUUACUGCGACCGCGAAACUGGAAUCGAAGGACACGUGCAGCGGGGCGAGCAGCACGAGCGCGCUGGACGCGCGCGGCACCUGUCUGCUGCUCAUGUCGCUGGUGACGAUCGGCCUGAAGGCGCUGUCGGGCGCGUCGCAGCUCUGGCCCCACGCCCGGGGACCGGUCUAGCUCCCGGCCGGCGGCGGCGAGCGGCCGGCCUUUAACGCGACUAUCCCAGCUCCGACCGAAAACCGGCAACAAUGACAUAUCAACCAUAUUGAUGAGCAGCAGCAGCAGCGAGAGACGAGCAUCGGUGCGGAUUCGCAUUGAAAGAAGGACGACAAAAUAAUAAAAAAGAAGAAAAAAACGAUUGACACCACGCGUACAGACGCGCUCGCAGCACACAGUCACACAUAGUCACACGUGUAUACACGAACACACACAAACAAACACACAAACGAACACAGAUAAACGCUUCUACGUUGGCAGAUACAUAAAAAAAAAUACUUUUAACUCGUGGACACCAAGCUUUUUUCCAAGAUUUUUUAGAUAAAUUUCAAUAAAUCUUAUCGAUCUUACAAUUAGGUAAAUAUGAUUGAGACGAGUGAAAAGUUGCGUUUUUUAAAAAGAGGCGCACGAUGUCUGAGUGUGUAAAGCUUGUGCUAACUAUAUCAGAUUCAAUGAAUUGCUGUCCAAUUGGUCGAACUCUGUAGAAUAAUAACUUCGCCUCGAUUCAUUCAUGUCGCGAAUUACGUUUAAAAUGAAUCAAUAUACUUUACUCGUUUUUAUGAUUUUUAAGUGAUAUACGCAUAACUGUAAGCGUUUAUAAUUAUAAAGAAUAUAAAAAGUCCCGGCCGUUACCGUUGGCCGAGUAUGCGAAAAGCUCGAUAUAUUGUAACUUAGAUGCGAAACAAUAACAGCAGAAAAACGUGGAAAAGAAAAAACUGCAGACUUUCCGGUAUUUUUCAACGAGUAAUCGAGCUGUGUUGAAUUUCAUAGUCAACAUAAUUUAUACAGAAAUUAUUACACAUUAACGAAAUACGUUCGACUCUGUUCUCCAUCACUUUUACAACAACAAACAACAACAGAAGGGAAAAAAAGAAAAAGAUUUAAAAUCGAACAAAACUUUAGUGCGACUUAAUUAUUCGAGCGAACCUUCUCCGCAUUAUUCAUGUAAACAUUUAGUAUUUUUAGUAUAAUUUUUAAAAGAAGGAAACAGUCGUAGGGCCAAAAGUUAAUGAUAAUUAUACAUAAUUAUAAAUAUAAAAAAAAAUUAAUAAUAACAAUUAACAUUGGUAUAUCGAUAAACUAAAAGUAGAAAAAAAAGAUUGCCGAGUGUGUGUCCAGGUGACGACAACGAUGAUGACGACGACGACGGCAAUGACCGAAUUCUCGUGUAUAUCGUCUAAAAAAAUGUCUGCGACUCUCCUUUUCUGCAGCCGCAUUGGCUUUAAGCCUACACGGCAAAAGUAAUGUACGCAAGUACACGUGCUGAGUCAUAUUGCGCGUGUGUAUCUCAACAAACAGCUGCACACGUUCAUACAACGAAGCACUUCAUAAACAAACUCGCAUAUUGUAUGAAUGUAUUAAGACGAUAUAGUUGUAAUGUUGUGAGCUAAGAUAGUUUUUUAUUAUUGUUUUGUAUGUACAUAUUUCGUAUUUAAUACAUGAAAUAAGUAAAUGAAAAAAAACGAAAAAAAAAACAAUUACAAAAUGUAAUAAUGAUGCGUAUACAUAACAAUUGUAUGUACGCGAGAGUGCGAUCGCUAAGCUUCGCGCAUGAUCUAUAAUAUAAAUGUAUUUAUAAGUAAUAACGUAAAACGUAAUAUCACUGUAUUGGUAACAUAACGCGAAAGUAUAAGACUAUAUAAAUAUAAAUGUAUUACGUACGACUCGACAUUUUGGUAAUUUUCUUUCGAAUUCAUUUACACUUUGCAUGAUACACAGUUAGAUUGUCAUUGACGAGGAAAAAAAAUACAAAUUUUGCAGUUUCAAAGAACUAUUUGCGCAAAUAAGUAAGCGCUAUUUAAAAACUUUUCGUAAGCCUUCAUUCAUAUUUUAAGUUUGAAGUAAACGACGACUAAGAGGAUUAUUAACGUUUAAGUCAAAGAGAAAAUAAUCACUUAACUGGUAAUCAAGAAAAUAUUUCAUCCUACCACUAAUAACACAGUAUUGCCAUUAUUAUUAUGAAAAGAGUAAAAAACAAUAAUACGUUAUAUUAUCAUAGCUAAUGACAACUUGAGUGCUUCCGCGAGUGUUUUCUUUUUUUCUUUUUUAAGGGUAGAUUAGGGUUCUUCUUAAUAGAGCAAAAGAAAAGUAAUGAUAUAUGUUAUAAAUACAGAUAUUUAUGAAAUAUGGUAAAAAAGUAGUUCACAUUAAUGCAUUUCAUCUCUUUGUUUGCGAUGGCUGACAGAACGGUAAAAUUACUCGUAAAAAUACAUUUAUGAAAUUAAACUCAUGAAAUUAUAUUUAAAUUGAAGAUCAUUGAAAUUUCUUAGUUGCAAAAUAUCGGAUUUUGUGUUUUCGUUUAAUUUUAGAAUCUUUAAAUAAUUUGUUUGUUCGUUUGGCAUUUCUAUUUAUGAAAAUGUAAUAUUAUAUAAGCUAAUUGAAUAUGAAUACCGCAAGUCGCCAUCGUUGAAAACCGUUCGUGCUGCCUUACAUUCAAUUAUUAUAUAAUAAAUGUAUAAAAAUGUACUUGAAAAGUUUUAAAAGCUAAAGAGUCGUGACCUUUUUUUGCUACGAAUAAAUUGUCAUAAUUUAAAUAUGUUAUGAUUAUAAAGAUAUGUUUUUAAUGAGAAUUAUAAGGAUUUAUGGCGCGUUGACGAAUAUAUUAUGUUAUGAUAGAACAUAUUAUCGCAGUCUUUAUAUAAUAGCAUUAUUAUUAACUCUGUUCAGUAAAAUCUAAACAUGAUUUUGCAUCGUGCAUAAUCGACGACUUUCAAUUUAAAUGUCCAUUGAGCAUGCAUCAUUAUUAAGUACGAGGAAAGUUUUAUCCUGAUGCAAAAUUAUCGCGCUUUCGAAUUGAUUUUACGUUGUCAAUGCUAAGUACACUUUUAGAACCUGCGUGCAACUUCGAAUUAAUGUCGAAAAAGAAGAUGCGCGUAAAACAUUUUAGGCUAUAAUUAAAUUAGCUCAUAAACUGCGAAGAGAGGAUCAGUAACUAUGAACUAUAGCAAGUAAUGACGGGGCUGUUUGAAAUCAUAAUAAAAAAAGUUGGACCUAAAGGGAUGAAAUAAAAUUUAUCGUUCAAAGAAAAACGAGCUAUACCCAGCUCGUUUUAUCUAAAAGAGUAUUGAACAAGCAUGAAUACCAAAAUACCAAAAGUCACUAAGAAAAGAUUAAUACAUAAAUACUCAGUAUAGUAAGAAUAAAACGGCAAAUUGCUCUAAGCAAAAAAAUAUUAUAUAAUCAAGAAAAUGAAACGACAAAAAAUAAAUAAAAUCGUAUAAAUAAAUCAAUUUCGCUACUCUAUACAUAAAUAAAUAAUGAACAAAAAAAAUUAAAAAAUAAAUGCGUGAGUUUCCUUCUUUAUAGACAUAUCUUUAUGAAAUAGUACAAGCGAAGCUGAAAAAAAAGACAAUUUGUGUAACGUCAUAAUUUGAACAUAUAGAGCAAUUAUCAUUUGUCUCCUAUUGAUUUUUUAUUUUAUUUUAACGCUUAGCAUUUGCGAUAGAUUUUACAUUAUUUUACUAAUGCUCGUUGAA